GAUGUAGGCCGCUCACGAGGCAGUCCUUUCCCAGGAGCUUGUCGGAGCUGGUGAAUGCCUGGCGCGGAUGGACUGGUGAAAUAAGUAAAAUUCACCUAAGUCAACCCAGCACUGUGUCUGUGAUCAAGUCAUAAACAUGCCGGCAUAUUUUCAACGGCCGGAGAAUGCUCUUAAACGAGCAAACGAGUUUUUGGAGGUUGGUAAGAAGCAGCCAGCUUUGGAUGUUUUGUACGAUGUCAUCAAGAGCAAGAAACAUCGAACAUGGCAAAAAAUCCACGAGCCGAUCAUGCUCAAGUACCUGGAGCUCUGCGUGGAUCUGCGCAAGAGCCACCUGGCUAAGGAGGGGCUCUACCAGUAUAAAAACAUCUGCCAGCAGGUGAACAUCAAAUCCCUUGAGGAUGUGGUUCGUGCCUACCUGAAGCUGGCAGAGGAGAAGACAGAAACAGCCAAGGGGGAGUCUCAGCAGAUGGUUCUGGACAUCGAGGAUCUAGAUAACAUCCAGACCCCCGAGAGUGUGCUUCUGAGCGCUGUGAGUGGUGAGGACACUCAGGAUCGUACGGACCGUCUGCUGCUCACGCCGUGGGUGAAGUUCCUCUGGGAGUCUUACCGCCAAUGCCUGGACUUGCUGAGGAACAACUCCAAGGUGGAGCGUCUCUACCAUGACAUUGCCCAGCAAGCUUUCAAGUUCUGCCUGCAGUACACUCGCAAGGCUGAGUUCCGUAAGCUGUGUGACAACCUGCGUAUGCACCUGGGCCAGAUCCAGCGCCACCACAACCAGAGCACGGCCAUCAACCUCAACAACCCCGAAAGCCAGUCUAUGCACCUGGAGACCCGCUUGGUGCAGCUGGACAGUGCCAUCAGCAUGGAGCUCUGGCAGGAAGCUUUCAAGGCAGUGGAAGACAUCCACGGGCUGUUUGCCCUGUCUAAGAAGCCUCCUAAGCCCCAGCUGAUGGCCAACUACUACAACAAGGUGUCCACUGUGUUCUGGAAGUCUGGAAAUGCUCUGUUCCAUGCCUGCACCCUUCACCGCCUUUAUCACCUUUCCCGGGAGAUGCGCAAGAAUCUUACUCAGGAGGAGAUGCAGAGGAUGUCCACCAGAGUCCUUCUAGCCACCCUUUCCAUCCCAAUCACCCCGGAGCGCACGGACAUUGCCCGCCUUUUGGACAUGGAUGGCAUUAUAGUGGAGAAACACCGCAGGCUGGCCACCCUUCUGGGCCUGCAGUCACCACCAACUCGACAGAGCCUCAUCAAUGAUAUGGUGAGAUUCAAUCUGAUGCAGUACAUUGUACCUGAGGUGAAGGAGGUGUACAAUUGGCUGGAGGUGGAAUUCCAUCCACUGAAGCUGAGUGGGAGAGUGACAAAGGUGCUGAACUGGGUAAGAGACCAGGCUGAGAAGGAGUCUGACCUUCAGCAGUAUGUACCUCACCUCCAGGGCAACACCAUCCUCCGGCUCCUGCAGCAGGUCGCUCAAAUCUACCAGAGCAUUGAGUUCAGCCGCCUGGCUUCCCUGGUUCCCUUUGUGGAUGCAUUCCAGUUGGAGCGCUCCAUUGUGGAUGCUGCCCGACACUGCGACCUGCAGGUUCGCAUUGACCACACCUCUCGAACCUUGAGCUUUGGUUCCGACCUGAACUACUCAACCAAAGAAGACUCUCCAGUGGGUCCUUUCCUGCAGAACAUGCCCUCAGAGCAGAUCAGGAACCAGCUGACUGCCAUGUCCUCCUCCCUGGCCAAGGCCAUCCAGGUUAUCAAGCCUGCCUCCAUCUUGCAAGAACGUGAGGAGCAGAGCCAGCAAGCCAUCGCGGCCUACCUGAAGAACGCCCGCAAGGAGCACCAGCGCAUCCUGGCCCGCCGGCAGACCAUCGAGGAGCGCAAGGAGCGCCUGGAGAGCCUCAACAUCCAGCGGGAGAAGGAGGAGCUGGAGCAGCGGGAGGCGGAGCUGCAGAAGGUGCGCAAGGCGGAGGAGGAGCGCCUCCGCCAGGAGGCCAAGGAGAGGGAGAAGGAGCGCAUCAUGCAGGAGCACGAGCAGAUCAAGAAGAAGACGGUGCGCGAGAGGCUGGAGCAGAUCAAGAAGACGGAGCUGGGAGCCAAAGCCUUCAAAGACAUCGACAUCGAGGACCUGGAGGAGCUGGACCCAGACUUCAUCAUGGCCAAGCAGGUGGAGCAGCUGGAGAAGGAAAAGAAAGAGCUGCAGGAGCGGUUGAAGAACCAGGAGAAAAAGAUUGACUACUUUGAGAGAGCCAAGCGUCUAGAGGAGAUACCUCUGAUCAAGAAGGCCUACGACGAGCAGCGCAUCAAGGACAUGGAGUUAUGGGAGCUCCAGGAAGAGGAGAGGAUCAGCAACAUGAAGGUGGAGCGUGAGAAGGCUCUGGAGCAUAAGCAGAGGAUGUCCAGGAUGAUGGAGGACAAGGAGAACUUUGUGUCCAAGAUCACAGCUGCGCGCAGCUUCAUCUACGAGGAAAAACUGGCGCAGUUCCAGGAGCGCUUGGUGGAGGAGAGGAAGAAGCGCAUGGAGGAGAGGAAGAAACAACGCAAGGAAGACCGCCGCAAUACUUUCUACCGCCAGAAAGAGGAGGAUGCCCAGCGCAUCCAUGAGGAGCAGCUCAAAAAAGAGCGCGAGGAGGCCGAGCGCAUCGAGCAGGAGCAGCGCGAGGAGGAGGAGAGGGAGUACCAGGAACGCCUUCGCAAGCUGGAGGAGCAGGAGAGGAAGCAGCGUGCGCGCCAGCAGGAGAUCGAGGAGCGCGAGCGCCGUCGCGACGAGGAGAGGAGAGCCCCCGAAGAGAAACCAGCCAAGGAAUGGGCAAGAGAAGAGAAGGAGGAGGGAGGCGGAGGAGGGAGUGGUGGCUGGAGGAAGCGCACAGAGGGUGAAUCGGAGUGGCGACGACCUGUUCCUGAUAGGGAGUGGAGACAGGAAGGCCGAGAGGAAAAUGACAAAGAGGAAAAGGAGGUCCCUUUCCGGAGGGGAGGAGAGGUGCCCCGCCGGGCCGUAGAGGAACGAGCACCUCGGCGCGCCGUGGACGAAGAGAAAGGCCCACGCCGCGCCGUGGAGGACGAGCGUCCCGUCCGCAAGGCGCUGGAUGAGGACCGCGGGCCGCGAAGGGCCUUCGAUGAGGACCGCGCCCCCAGGAGAGGAGGGGACGACGACCGUGGCCCCCGCCGUGGCUUUGAUGAAGACCGUGCCCCCAGGCGUGGCUUUGAUGAAGACAAAGGUCCCCGCCGAGGCAUGGACGAGCCUAGGGCUCCCCGCCGGGGGGCGGAUGACGACUGGGGUCCAAGGAGAGGAGGAGAUGAUGGGCCCAAUGGUGGAGAGGACGCCAAGCCCUGGAAACCCCUUACCAAACCCGAGGUAGCUCUGGUGUCUGUUGCUCCAGGUGGUUGGAGGGAGCGAGAGAAGGCCAGGGAGGAGAGCUGGGCCCCGCCCCGUGAUGGUGGCCGCGACGAGGCUGAAGAAGAAGCAGAGGAGAGACCGAGCUUCAAGGAGCGCCGUCCUCCUCCCAGAGACCGAGAGGAGGGUGGAGGAGGAGGAGCCUGGAGAAGGGCAGGUACCGAUGAGGCGUCCAGCUGGAGGGACUCUCGCCGCGAAGAGGCUGGCCGAGGAGAGCGCCGCGAAGAGGCCGGCCGAGGAGAGCGCCGCGAAGAGGCUGGCCGCGGAGAACGUCGCGAAGAGGCUAGCCGAGGAGAGCGCCGCGAAGAGGCUGGCCGAGGAGAGCGCCGCGAAGAGGCUGGCCGCGGAGAACGUCGCGAGAUAGACCGCAGGGAUGACCGUGAAAUUAGAGCCCCACCCAGAGAACAAGAGGAGGGAGGCUCUUGGCGUCGUGCUGGGGACGAGAAGAGGGAGGAGCGUAAAGAGGAGGCUCCACCCAGACCCAGGGAGCGGGAACGUGAGCGUGAAGGAGAUGGAGAGAAGAGUUCCUGGCGUUCUGACAAAGAUAAAGAAAAUCGGCGUACCAAGCAGGAGACCGAUGAUGAUGGCUGGACCACAGUCCGCCGUUGAGCCCACAUUCUCUGGCCUCUUUUUCCAAAUGGCAAGCAGGGCAAAUGUAUUUCUUGAUUUCCAGCUAUUAGGGAUAAAACAUUGACACAAGCUUAAAUAUAAAUACUAUGGCAUAGCAGAUACUGGUAAUUGUUAAAACUCAUCUCAUCAACUAUGACUGCCAAAUAUUGUGUAAUGUUUAAGCGGCUUCCUAACCUUUUCAACUAGUAGUUUAAACUCCAUUUUGAUGUGCAUGCUUAGGCUAUUAAAUUGGUCUUACUCAGUAUCCAGUGUAUGGCUCUAUCGUAAAGCAUUCAACCACAAUUGAAACGAUGUGUUGCAUGUGGACUGAUAAAGCAUUUAUUAAUAAAUACGUUUUGCUCAAACAAUA